UAAUUCAAUAGGGUGCGAGACCUCUCUUCCCUUGAAUAAUAAAUAACCUAAAACCCAAAUUAAAAAAAUGGGUCACAAAUUGUAUUUUCAACAGUUUGUGCUGCACUAUGCCCUUAAACCCUCCCAAUAAGCACUUUUUUUCUUUAAACCUUUCUUCUUCGCAUUCUAUACUCACUCUUUUGGGGAUUUCAGUUGGAAACGCAGAACGCCGAAUUCAUUCAUAGAUUAUCACUCUCUGCCAUGGCUAUUGAUGGAGAACAGUCGCACCAAUCUCACAGAUCACGUCAAUCUAAUCCUACCGCCAAGAAAAAAUCAAAGUCCGAUAAGAAAAAUAAGGGUGUUUCUCACGAAAACAAUACGCAACAUAAUCCCAAGAAAAAAUUAAAUGGAAUCAUUGAAGGACAACAUGACUAAUACCUCUGAUGAAUUUGAUAUUAACAACAUGGCUAAUGCUGAGGAAUUUUCUCCAGCUAUUCAACAAGAGGACAGCGGGAUUCACAAGUGUCCAGAGGACAACUUUAAGACUGGUCCUUAUCAGCUGGAAUGGAAUGAAGAAUCUAAAUUACCUGCAGACUAUAUUACAAGAGAGGACAUGGAGAUCAAAGAUGUGGCUAUGAAACAUGUAUUGCCUUUCCUUCCCGCUAAAUCAUUAAUGAAGUUUCGGGCAGUGUCCAAUGAAUGGAAUCAUUGGAUAGUUAGUCCAUUAUUAUCAUACCAGCAAAGUACUUCAUUCCAGAAACUUUCAGGCUACUUUUAUCAAAGUGUGGAUGUGGAUUACCAAUCAGAUCCUAAUUUUUUGUCUCUGGACCGUUCUGCGAAUGGAGUCCCCAGUCCUUCCCUUGGUUUCUUGCCUGAAAAGCUUAAAGUUCUAAGUUCUAGCAGCGGGUUGCUCCUUUGUCAGGGGUUGGAGAAAUAUUAUGUUUGUAAUCCUGUUACCGAAGAUUGGAAACCUAUUCCUCCUCAUCAAUAUUAUCAUGGACCUGAUCCAGCUGUUGUUCUUGCAUUUGAUCCCAAGGGUAAUAUUGAAUCCUAUUAUCACAUUGUCGCUGCAGUCCCUCUUCUUGGUCAACCAGUUGUCUUCUUUGAGAUUUACUCGUCUCAAUCGAACUCUUGGAGGCGCUCUUCUUCAGACUGCCUUGAGUUAGAAGAUACAACUCUUAUUGGUGGGGGAUUUUAUCUGAAGGGUAUGGCUUACUGGAAUACCCCAUCAAAUGAUGUGCUGGCAUUCGAUGUGAAAAAUGAGGUCGCAGCAGUUCUACAUGUGCCUAUUCCACCUGGGAGAUAUGGUGCCUUGACUCAGAUAAAGGAUGAGCUAUCCUAUGUAACUGCUUAUAACGACUGUGGAGAUGUUUUUAUGUUAGACAUCUAUGGAGGAAUGGACAUGAGUCUGAAUCGCAGUGUAUGCGUAAAUCUUGGACACAAGAAGUCCCGUCAAGCAUUGGAGAAAGAUCCCUUUAUUGACAAUGGUACUGUGCCGUGCAGUGUACUGCCUUGUAUAAACAGUGGUGAGGACAUUGUGGUGAUCUGCACGACUGAAAGGAUAUACCUUUAUUACCUGAAUGGACAGAAGGUUCAGACUCUUAUGACUCCAGGAAAACCAAAUCCUCAGAGAAGAUUCAUACCCUACAUAAACAGCCUCGUUAUGUUACAUGAGCUGAAGACUUAGUGCUGUUGAUGAUCUUUUCGGUUGCUGUCGAGUACUCUCUCCUUUCAUCAGAACUCCUUAGAUUUGCUGCUUCUGCUUUGUUCAGUGUAGAAUUGAACAUCUUUCAUCAGAUUUUGUUUGUUUGUUCAACUUGGUUGACAGAAUAAGCACUUUGAAUAGCUUAGCGUUGGUAAUAGACAUGUUUUGGAUUGCCAUAAUUUCAUUUGAAUAGUAGUUUGAAGGUUUUCUCCU